AUGGCAGGGCUGUUAGUUUGGGAAAGUCUUUUUGCCACUCCAGCAUAUUCACUGCCUCAGUACCCCUGCACGCUGGGCCUUGCCGUCUCAGAUGUCGGACGGUAUAUGACGACCGGUGAGAGGCGAUCAAAUCUCAGGUUGUUCAGGAAGUCAUUGAUUCUGGACCAAGGCGAUACAUGCACGACUCGCCAUGGAGACUGUCUCAGAGUGUGUACUUACAACGCGAGAACAGUGUCCACAGACGCUGACCAGCAUGCCCUUCUCGGAGCUGCAGAGCGUAUCAAAUUUCACGUGAUUGCUCUGCAGGAGACCAAGUGCAGAGGGAGCGACGUACGACAGAUGAAUGGUACACUCGUCAUUCGUGGAGAGAAAGUUCCGUCGCGAAAUGUAGGCAGUGUUGAUUUUGUUGUGCACCCAUCUCUCGUCCAUCUUGUCGAUUCUCACGAGAUCCUGUCACCUCGUCUGGCCAUUCUUCGCCUCCGCCGUCUGCGCCAUAAACCCAUCAGUAUCAUCAACCGCAACUCACCAACAUCAGCAGCUGACAAAUCCGUAUUGGACGCGCUUAACGAGGACCUGGAGGAAGUAAUACGCAACGAGAAGUACUUCUACAAAUUCGUUGUCGCAGACUUCAACGCAAAACUAGGAAAGGCCACAGAAGAGGAAUACAGGAUUAGAAGAUUUGGACUAAGGGACCGGAAUGAAAAUGGCAAUCGUCUCUCCGGGCUGUUGUCCGCCGCUCGCCUCUUUCAUGGGAACUCUCUUUUCAUGAAAAAAGAUCAUCGUCGGUGGACAUGGGAAUCGCCCAAUGGCGCGACUCGUGCGGAGAUCGACUACAUACUCACCAACCGGAGGUGGUGUCUACUUGAGGUCUGA